CGCAGCUGGACUUUCAUGGAUUUUUAAACCGAUGAGAUCGAACAUGAAGAAUCCAAGACCUCCAUGAGCAAUGCAUUGUGGUUUAAAAUUUUAAGCCCAUGGUGUCAAAGUUCAGGAGCUUUCAUGCAGUUUUCACCGUGGUCUACGCUAACUUGCGCCUGAGGACAUUCCAAAGGGUAGAAACAUGGGAGGCAGUGAAAAUAAAAGUUUUGUUCAUUCUUUAUAUUUUGUCUUGUAUAAUUACACUUUUAAACAAUGUGUUCUUGUACAUCAUAUCUUAAAAAACAAUGUUUACUAGUAGAACAGGAAAUUAGAACCGUGCAAUCGUACACUCAUUCUCCAACAAAUUAUGAUUCUUUGGGCAAAGUUUCGUGGUUACGAGUCUUAUGGCAAUCACGAGAAUCUCUAUAGAGGCGUUGGGGCAUCAUUUAUGAUCCUUCCUUUUUAUCUGUAACUACGAGAGGCGGAAUACGGUUCUUAUCCGUAUAACCCAAUGAACGUUCUGCUUAGGAGCGGAGGAGCGUGGCUUGCAGCGACGUCGGUAAUGGCCGCUCUGCCCAAGACGAGAGUAGCUGCUCUUGCCACGUCAUUGUCGUCGUUUUCCUCCAUACCCAGAUGGGAAGGUGGGGUUUCCAUGGUCCAGGGAGCUUCCAGAGGCAUCGGUCUUGAAUUUGUGAGGCAGUUGCUCGAGAACAAUGACAAAGGGCACGUUGUUGCCACUUGUCGUAAUCCCAAAGGCGCGACGGGUCUGCUAGAUUUGAAGCAUAGUUUCUCAGAACGUCUUUGCAUCAAACAGCUCGAUGUUACACAAGAAAAUACUAUAGAGGAAUCAGCCAAGUUUGUAAGAGAAAGAUAUGGCUCUCUCAAUCUUCUUAUAAAUACAUCCGGAAUUCUGUCAAUACCGGGCAUCUUACACCCAGAAACAACAUUGAACAAGGUUGAAAAGUCAUCACUGAUGCUUGCUUAUGAGGUUAACGCUGUUGGUCCUAUCUUAGUGGUGAAGCAUAUGUGGCCUCUGCUUAAAGCUGGUGGAGGAACAGGAACUGAAAGAGAGGUUGCUGUUGUUGCCAAUUUAAGCGCAAGAGUCGGCUCUAUUGGAGAUAACCGCCUUGGUGGUUGGCAUUCGUACAGGGCUUCAAAAUCUGCACUUAAUCAAUUGACAAAAACCGUGUCAGUUGAGCUUGGUAGGAAGAAGGAUCCUGUCAUAUGCAUUUUACUGCAUCCGGGCACAGUAGAAACGGAUCUUUCACGUCCAUUUCAGAGGAAUGUUGCUGAAGGGAAGCUUUUCACUAGAGAGUUCUCAGUGCAGAAGCUCUUGCACAUCAUCAACAAUGCAAAGAUUCAGGAUAACGGUAAGUUCUUCGCUUGGGAUGGCCAGGAAAUUCCUUGGUGACAGCUUGCUUUUGACGUAGCUUCACCACUCUGUUUCGGUCUCCAUCCCAAGCCAAAUUAACAUCUGGUCAGCUCUUGAUCACUUCUCAUUUUCCAGUUUGAGUGAUGAGAUCUUAUAGCAUUUCCAGUUCCGGAUUUUUCGUCUUUCACGUUUCAAGAUUGGUAACAAACUCUGUAUUAUUAAACCAAAACCCAUUCAGGUUGACAUGGGUUCUGAGCAUCA